AUGAAAGCAAAGACUAGCGACUCAUAUACCGCUGUACAGCAAAAAAUGAUCAAUCUCAUCAGCACCUCUAGGCGGCACGUCGAAGAUAGAAUAACAACGGAUGGCCAAGAGAAAGACAUUCGAUGA